CCCCGACCAAUAGGAUUGUGCAAAGCGUCCUAAGCGGAUGUCACAUCCGGUCUGAACAGCCGGCAGGAUUGAAGGAAAAAUCUGGAGUAUUCCACUAGUUGUGUCGUUUAACUUUAAACACGCUUGACUUGAGUUUAUUCGUGCAGACACAAUGACUUUCGAUGUGCGGAGGUUCGAUAUCUACAGGAAAGUGCCCAAAGAUCUUACCCAGCCCACGUAUACUGGAGCUUUCAUUUCCGUAUGCUGCUGCUUCUUCAUGUUGUUCCUCUUUCUCUCAGAGCUGACGGGAUUCAUCGCUACAGAAAUAGUAAAUGAAUUGUAUGUGGAUGACCCCGAUAAGGACAGUGGGGGGAAGAUAGAUGUGAGUGUAAACAUCAGUUUGCCAAACUUACACUGUGAUUUGGUGGGUUUGGACAUCCAGGAUGAGAUGGGGAGGCAUGAAGUGGGCCACAUAGAGAAUUCAAUGAAAGUGCCUCUAAACAACGGUCACGGAUGCCGCUUUGAAGGGGAGUUCAGUAUUAAUAAAGUUCCAGGAAACUUUCACGUGUCAACACACAGUGCGACUGCUCAGCCUCAGAGCCCUGAUAUGACCCACAUCAUCCACAAACUCGCCUUUGGGGAGAAGCUUCAGGUGCAGCAUGUCCAGGGGGCUUUUAAUGCAUUAGGUGGAGCCAACAGACUUCAGUCCAACGCGUUAGCUUCUCACGAUUACAUUCUGAAGAUCGUCCCUACAGUUUACGAGGACCUGGGAGGGAAGCAGAGAUUUUCCUACCAGUACACUGUGGCAAACAAGGAGUAUGUGGCGUAUAGCCAUACUGGACGCAUCAUCCCUGCGAUAUGGUUUCGCUAUGACCUGAGUCCGAUCACAGUGAAAUACACAGAGAAGAGACAGCCCUUCUACCGCUUCAUCACUACUAUUUGCGCUAUCAUCGGCGGGACAUUCACCGUGGCCGGCAUCAUUGACUCCUGCAUAUUCACAGCCUCUGAAGCCUGGAAGAAAAUCCAGAUUGGGAAAAUGUCAUGAGUAUUCGUAUCUUUGCAUCAUGCCUUUUAUUUAUGCGAGCCAAACCUCUGCACACCUGUCAGUACAACCUGACCCACACUAGCCACAAGUGGAAAACAUCGUCACUCCAGUUCAUUUCUCGGUGUGCUCAUUUGGAUAGACUGGUUUUCAUCUCUAAACAUUUAAUAGAGUGUAUUACAGGGAUUUCAUUUGGAGGAUGUAGGUGGUUUCCUUACUUCACUGCCAUAUUCAUUCAGCCAAAAUGUUAAUAGUUAAACUAAUGUGGAAAGAACCGGUCUCACUCUUUGGAAGGAAGCCAGGGUUUCCUCAUUCAGAUAGACGUUACUGAGAUAAGUGUAAGUCUAUAGUGUUACAUACUUUGAUUGGUUUAAAUAGAAUUCCACAAGAAAUCAUAACUCUAUUCAAUGUGUACUUAUGAACUGAUCUGUUGGGUUUAUCUCAUGAAACCUGUCAAAGAGCAUGUCUCAUUGGAGUUUUGGGGUCUUAUUGCACCUCAUAGUGAAAUUAAAAUUAUUUUAAAACAUUUUUAUUAAUAAAUUAAAAAUAUUAUAAAAACAUUUUUACAUUGUGAUUUAUUUGCAUGACGAUUAAACCCAUUUACCCCAAUUCUCAUUACACUACAUGGAUAAUUAUGUAUAAUGCACAUCAUGGUAGUAUACUGUGUAAUUUUUUUUUUUUUUUUUUUUGCUUUUAAUAUGUGCAGAUUUUAAUUAUUUUACUGUAUUUAUACAGUAAUUUAUUACACUAAUGGGAAUUAUCAUUGAGAAAAAUGUCCAUAUGCAUUAUGGUAAUGAGAAUUUGGGGUUAAAUGUAUUUAAUUAUCAUGAAAUCUAUUUUAAUGUUCCUUAAAUUGGAUUGAUUUUCUUAUUUCUUUUGAUUUAUUUGAUUAGAUGUUUUAGGGUGAGCUAUGAGCUGUAUGUAUUUCAUGAGAUAAACCUGUAGGUUUUUAAGGAAGUGCAUGCUGGUCUUAUUUGGGUUAAGUUAAGUAAUGUGGAUUCCCAGAUUGACUUUUCAUGAUAUAUCUUGCACUCUGGUGGCAUUCUGAUUGUAGACCUGUAUUUUAGUUUGUUUGAUUGAAGGGAAAGUAUGAAUGUCGUCUUUUUUACCUGAAAGACUGCUGAAGGAAUGCUUUUUAUUUAUAUUCAUGCCUGUAAAGGUACUCUAAAUGGUUUAAUGAUACUUUUUAUUUCCUCAGUCCAUAAUGUUUAUUAACCUUUUAUUGUUGUGAAGACUAGGCUGGAAACGUGUUGUUUGUGUCUUGUCAAGUGUUCCCUCACAACACUUCCUGUCAGUGUUUUGACCGUGUUCUAAGAUCUGGUUGUACUGGUUACACAGGACUGUUCAACAUGAAAACAACUACGUGUCUAAUGUGUGACGCGUCCUUGCCACAAGUUGACAUGACAACAGAAGUGUAUUUUCACUUCAGAACGGAAACCACAGCCUACAUGUCAGCUUUGCGGCACAAACUACUUGGAUAUGUCAAGUCUUUAAGAAAUUUAAAGUUAAUUUUUUUUUUUGUCAAACGUUAAUCAAAACGAACCAUGAUUGUUGAGGUUCCAUACUCCUUUCAGAACGUAUAAUUUAGCCCUCCUUGAUUAUUUACUCACAUGAAUGUGGUCAUCUGGGCUGUGCCACUUUUUUCUGUCUUUGUUUACCAUGGUAAGAAUAAACCACAGCAACAGCC